CAAGAAGUAUUUAUCGUCUCUCCUGCUAGUUUUACAACUUUUUUAAGUACACAGGAUCACUUGUCCGUUGUAUUAUUUAUUGUGUAUUAUGGCGACGUAUUAUCUCAAACCUGAUGCAAGACGAAGUUGUUUGGUUUUAGCGCAAAGUUACACAAUGGGUUAUUUGCGCUCUGGUGACCACAGGAAAAUAAAACUCCGCUUCUAGGGUUACUUUCAAACUUCAGCAUGGGAACUCUUGAGGAGAAAGAUGAAGUUAUUAGACGCCAAGAAAACACCAUUCGACAAUUGCAAAAUCUGCUUUCUAGGAAAGAUGAAGAAAUUCAGGCCCUGUGUAGUCAAUUAGACAAAUACCAGUCGGUACUUAUACCACUGAGCUAUAACCAACACGAUAAGCAUGGGAGACGUAAAGAACGAGCUCAGGGGAUUUCUGCCGAACCACAGUCAUUACGUACAAUUCAGGAACUCAUUACAACUAAGUUUCCAGAAUAUCCAAAAUCAGAACAGUCAAAGGAAUUAAUCAAGCAAGCCAUCUCAGACAACGAUUUCAUGAAAAACCUUGAAAUGAUCCAGAUCCGAGAGAUCACGGACUGCAUGUAUCCAAUUGAAUAUGCUAAGGAUAGUUUGAUUAUUAAAGAAGGAGAUGUGGGAUCUGUUGUUUUUGUUAUGGAAGAGGGAAAAGUGGAGGUAUCAAAAGAUGGAAAAUUUCUGUGUACUCUGCAACCUGGCAACGUUUUUGGCGAGCUGGCUAUUCUGUACAAUUGCACCCGUACUGCUACUGUUAAAGCCAUAAUGGACUGUAAACUUUGGGCAAUUGAACGACAGUGCUUCCAGACAAUUAUGAUGAGAACAGGAUUAAUACGACAAGCAGAGUACACUGACUUCCUCAAAAGUGUUCCAACAUUCAGAAAACUCAAUGAAGAAACUUUGAUCAAAAUAGCUGAUGUUCUGGAAGAGACAUUUUAUAAGAAAGGUGACUACAUUAUUCGACAAGGUGCUCGAGGAGACACUUUUUUUAUCAUCAGCAAGGGAAAGGUGAAAGUAACUAUGAAGGUUCCAGAAUUAGAUGAAGAAAAGUUUAUCCGAACUUUAGAGCAUGGAGAUUUCUUUGGUGAAAAAGCACUCCAAAGAGAGGAUCUCCGUACAGCCAAUAUUAUUGCUGAUGAUCCUGAAGGGGUAACAUGUUUGGUUAUAGACAGAGAGUCUUUCAAUCAGCUUAUUAGCAACAUUGAUGAGAUCAAGCAAAAACGAUAUGACGAAGAAGAAGUUAUUGCACGCAAAAAGAUGGUAAGGAAGUUAACUGGAGAUCACACACUGAUUGGAAAAUUAAUGAUUCUGAUUUUCAGGCUUAACAAAGAAUUUGAAAAUCUCAAGUUGUCUGACCUAAGUGUUGUAGCUACGUUAGGAGUUGGAGGUUUUGGAAGAGUAGAAUUGGUCAGAAUAGGCAACGAUUCAUCUAGGUCAUUUGCCCUUAAAGUGAUGAAAAAAGCCCAGAUAGUGGAGACAAGACAGCAGCAACACAUUAUGUCAGAGAAGACAAUCAUGGAAGAAUCUAACUGUGACUUCAUUGUCAAGUUAUUCCGAACAUUCAAGGAUUUUAAGUUCCUCUAUAUGUUAAUGGAAUCCUGUUUGGGUGGUGAGUUGUGGACCAUUUUAAGAGAUAAGGGAAAUUUUGAUGACCUAACUACAAGAUUUUAUACUGCCUGUGUGAUUGAAGCCUUUGACUAUCUCCACUCUCGCCACAUCAUCUACAGAGAUCUUAAACCAGAGAAUCUGCUUCUUGAUGUUAAGGGUUACAUUAAACUAGUGGAUUUUGGUUUUGCUAAGAAACUAAUGCCAGGUAGAAAGACCUGGACAUUUUGUGGAACUCCUGAAUAUGUUGCUCCAGAGGUUAUCCUGAACCGGGGGCAUGACAUAUCAGCUGAUUACUGGUCUCUGGGUAUUCUGAUAUUUGAACUGCUGACGGGCACACCUCCAUUUACUGGUUCAGAUCCUAUGAAGACUUACAAUAUCAUUCUAAAAGGAAUUGAUGCUGUACAGUUUCCUCGCUGUAUCUCUAGAAAUGCCAUGGCCUUGAUUAAAAAACUCUGCAGAGAAAAUCCUGCUGAACGAUUGGGUUAUCAGAAAGGAGGAAUAAAGGACAUCCAAAAACAUAAGUGGUUUGAUGGUUUCAACUGGGAAGGGCUACGAGAUCAUACACUUCAUCCUCCAAUCCUACCUCAGGUGCGAAAUGCCAUAGACACCACUAAUUUUGAUCACUAUCCUCCAGAUUGUGGCAAUCUCCCACCCGAUGAUGAUUCAGGUUGGGAUAAAGACUUUUGAGGACUAAAUAGUGAAUAAAAUAAAGAACCUUUUGUGGAACAAGUCAAAUAAACAUACUGUAUAUUAAUGAGCAGUUGUAAAGUAGAAAAAUCUUGAAUCACUAACAUCUGGUAUAUGUAUAAACCUCAUGGCAAAAGGUGAAUUUUGCAUACGAGCAACUCACAGCUGAGAUUGUUGAACCUGAAGCACUUGAAGGACCAUUGUGUAUAUAUACAUAUAACAUAGUUUAUAGCAGAUUUUUGGUCUGUUUGUUAGUAAUUUUGGUUUUUGAAUAGUAGUAGGAGUACUAAGAAAGUAAUAGAUUUUAAAUUUUGAGAAUAAUUUAGAAAUCUAAUAAAAAUAAUGAUAAGCGUAACGUAAAAAAUCAUUUGAAGACCGAAAAUAUUUUACACAUGUUGGAAUAUAAUGUUUAUAUAAUUUUGAAAAAAGUGAAUAUUUGUAUUUCUCUGAAAAUUAAUUUAAUAAAAAUAAUCAUAAGGGUAAUGUAAGGAACCAUUUGAUCUGAAAAUUCAUUUCGAUAUUCAUUAGAUGAAGUUAUCUUUAUUACUUGCUUAAGGUUUUGGUACAUAAAUCUAAUAAAUAUAAUGAUAUAUGUUUUAUUACAACUUUAGUGCCUUAAGUUGCUUUAGUCAAAUUACUAAGUAUUCUAAAAUCAUAGGUACAUUUUAAUUAAGAGUAUAUAUAUAU